AUUUUUACUUGUUCAUAGUCUUAUCACACUUAACAACCUCAAUUGCUACAGUAUCCUUUGUCUCUCACAACCCACCCCUCUAUUUAAUGCUUCAUCCAUUAGUGUUCAACACUCUCAAAAUAUAUACAAUUUGCCAUCGCUUUUUUUACUUCUCCAACUUAUCUUUCAGAGAAUAAUUUCUCCUGUUGAUCAUAUAAAUGUCUGUAAAAUCACAUUUUCUCAUCCUAUUUCUGGGUUUUAUCAUGCAUUCAUAUGCAUGUAAUGCUCGUCAUAUUUCUGUGGUUACAGACUCAGAUUUUCUCAAGAAAUUUCAUGUCAACAAGAUUGAAGAUAAAUUUAAACUCGACGUGAAUUCAAUUGAAGAUCGUACACGGCAUACAAAUGCACGCAGAUUGCCUAGCAGGAUUCCCAGUAAUGCAAUUAGUCCCAAUUCAGGAGAAACCGGAGCUCUUCACGAGGGAAAGAAAGGCUGCAAAGAAGCGAAAAAAUCAGGCAGUGAAAUUUGUGAGUCUUCUUCUCCCCACAAGGUAUUGCUAAAUUCAGCAAAAUUUGAGGAUUCAAGAUGGAAAGCAUUAAUGGAUCAUAAAGAGAAGGUUUCGACUUUUACCAUUGAUAUUGAACAAGAAGAUAAGAUAAUGGAUACAGACUAUCAUCCUCCACACCGUAAAGCACCUAUUCAUAACAAAUAAAAUAAUCACUCUAUUAAAGUUAAUUACUUUAUUAAUACAUAGAUUUUACUCUACGGACAUUUAGAACAUGUUUGGUUCAUUGUACUAGAUAGUUUAUAUAAUAUAAGAAUAAAAUAUAUGCUUUUUAUAUUCUUGUUUCAUAAUGCUACAUAACCAAACAUGUGCCAUUAGGAUUAUAUCG